UUCGAAGGAUAGCUCUUGGAAGGACAACACCCAAGACGACUCCUGCAUUCGACUUUAAAGGCCCGCACGUGGUGGCCCGCACAAGCUACUUGGUAAUCCAUGGCGAGCGAGCAGCUCAAUGACCUCCAAAGGCAAAAAGCCUUGUGCGACAAUGCCAUGGCGUUGGUCAACUCGGCAGUGUCGAUGCAAAACGGAGGCAACCAGGCCGGGGCUGACGCCGUCUUCGACCAAGCUAUAGAGAUCAUGGAGAGCGUUCUUGCAUUCAAGUAUACUACGAUGGAGGACCAGGAAGCAGCGACUCGUCUGAACAACAAGAUGUCGCGUUACGUGACGAUGAUCAAAGGCCAGCGAGGGAAGGCGGUAUCUGGCGCGGUAUUGAAAAAGUCGUCGGGAAAAUUCAACAUCUUGGAAAUGGACAAUUUGCCCGUGCGAUAUCGCGGCAUUAUGCACAUGCUCACCAAUUCUCCAACGUACGGGGACAUCUUCGACAAGUUUCGCACUGCGUUUGGCUUUCAAGAAAGCAGCGUCCACUGCCAGCGGGAGCACUUGGUGCUGCUUCUGGCGAAUUUCAAAGAGUACGCGAACCCGUCGUCGCUCAAAAUGGCCACAGGGGCGGACGUGAACGAGGCCGACUUGGUCGCAAAGGCUGUGUCGAACUUGCACGACCGGUUGUUAGACAACUACACCAAGUGGUGCAAGUACAUUUCGCAGCCGCCCAAGUUUCUCAGCGAACCGCUGGCCGACCUUGUGCUGUUCUUCCUCAUCUGGGGUGAAGCCGGCAACUUCCGGCAAACGCCUGAGCUGCUGUGCUUUCUCUUCCAUAACUUGGCGCCUCAAGCGAAUGCGGGCACGGCCAAGGCGCCGGGGCACUUCUUGGCCAGUGUGAUCCGCCCCAUGUACAACGAAGUCAAGAAAGACAACGACAAGAAGACGCCGAUGGGGGCUCGCGCCCCGCACACGGACAUCCGCAACUACGACGACUUCAACGAGUUCUUUUGGACGAAAACGUGCCUCAAGUACAACGAAGCCACGAUCGCCGACGCGUUCACGAGCACCAACAACAAGGGCAACCCGAACGUGGUCAAGAAGACGUUCAAGGAAACCCGCAGCUGGGUGCGCGCGCUCGUGUCGUUUCGACGUAUCUUUGUCUCGCACUUGUUUUUGAUGUUUGCUACGAUCGGGUUUGCGGUCAACAUGGUGCUUGUAUGUCCGGACAGCCCCAUCAUGUACGGCGCCGACUUAGGCUCGGGAGUCAAGGUCUUUUCAAAGUACUACUACAACCCCAAGCCCAAGUUUGUAGCCACGGACCUCGUGGAUGUGAUCCUGGGCCCGAACGACGGGUUCACCAACGGCACGUGCAACUACCCGAAACUCGCGACUUGCUUGGGGGUAGUCAAUUUUGACAAGUCCAAAACGUUCAAGUACCUCCCGGAUGACUUCAAAAGCCUGCUCCAGGACGUGCCGUUCCAGGAGUGCAUCGAGUUGUUGUCGGGGCGGUGCGAUUGUUACUUGAGUGUGUUGGAUCGAUGCUUUGGCCAAAAGGGCACGGCCACGUACAUCUUGAUGGACGAGGACGGAAGGAAGAAGUACAUGCCGAUUCAGUACAACCAGGCGUCGUGCAUGCCCGUGUGGAAGGCCGCGGCGCUGUCCGUGAUCAACACUGCCGGCGACGGCAAACUCAACUGCGACGCGUGUCGCUUGGACGUGGCGACGCUGUCGACGUCGCUGCCCAAGCUGCUCACAUCGUUUUUGGAUUUCAAGCGAUCGGACCAAGGACCGUUGAUCUUCCUCGGUGGGUGCGCCUUCAUUGCGCUCCUCGUGGUGUGGGAGCUGCAAAAUCGCAUGUUUUCGUGCUGUGGUGUGGGGUUCGUGGGGCGGUCGCUGCCAGUGCCGACGGCCGCGUACUGCCGGUACAUGUGCUUUUGGCUGCUCUUGUUUGCGUGCAAGUUGGCGUUCAACUACCAGUUUAUGGUCAAGAGUCUUGUGGAAACGACCGUGUUCAUUUGGCUAUCUGACCCGGUCAAGUACUUGCAAGUGUCGCAGUUUAUGAUCCAGUUGUCGUACCACAACAUCGUGUACAUUGGUUUCCUCUGGGGACCUGCGAUCAUUGUGUUUAUGUACGACGCGCAGAUCUUUUACGCGCUGCUGUCAGUCAUCUUUGGGUCCAUCAAGGGGUUUGCGCUCGGCAUCGGUGAGCUGCGGUCGUUCCGCAUCCUCCGCCUCUCGUUCAAGAAAAUUCCCAAAGUGUUCAACAAGAAGAUCGUGUCCAACCUCAUCGACGCCAGCAGCGAUCGAUCGAAUAAGAAGAAGAAGAAGAAAAGCUACGUCGACACCCCACCCCAACGCAUCUUUGAAACGAUCGAGUACUCCAAGGGCGACCGGCCGCUCACGAUCAAGGCCGCAGUGUACAGCACCCUUCUUGGCGGGGGACCAGAGAACUCGAUACCUGGAGACAACUGCAAGCAGUUCACUACGCCCAGCGUGGGCGAUAUCGACCCCGGCAAGGCGGCGACCCCCCUAAACGGAGUGUUCGGCGUUACGGGCGCCGAGUUUGAACGCACGAUUCCGUUUGCGAUGGCGUGGAACCGCUGCCUCUCCAGUAUGCGCGAUGCGGACGUCCUGAGCGACAGGGAGCUGAGCGUGCUGAGCUACCUCAUCGACGCCAAGGAAACACCCGACCGGCGGCUGUACCAGCCCGUGUUUCUAACCGCGGGCAAGCUGGACGAGUCGUUGGAGAUCGUGUCCGACUGCUACGUUGUGUACGAGCGCCUCGUGUUGGAUAAGAAGAAGGACAAGGCGCUCCAGAAGUUUGAGCAGUCGAUGACCGACCGCCUGCUCAAAGACGACUUGAGGAUGCAGGCGGUGGUCGGGUCGUACAAAUUUACGUCGCAAGUGAUCAAGAUCCUCCUGGGGGAACAGCACAAGGAAGUGGAUCAGUGCUUUGCGUUUAUCGAGGAGGUGGUGUGCCAGCACCAAAUUCUCAAGGGGCUGAACCUGAACUGCCUCUACGCCGUGCGCAGCCAAUGCGCCGAGCUGCUCAAGUCUAUUUUGGACGUGCCCGCGUCGUCCACCGACGCCAACAUCAAGUUCCAGCGCUCGUUGUACGCAGUAGUCGACAACGUCGAAGUCGUGAUCAACUCGAUGAAGAAACUGCUGGCCAAGCAAGAACACUUGGUGAAACUCCUCAACGACACACCGCUCAAGCCCAACUCGUUCUUUUUCCCCGCCGACGAACAGCGGUACGCGAGCCGCCAGCUCCAGACUCUUGUGAACGACAAGGCCGUGAUGGACAUCGUGUCGAGGGCGUAUCAACUGCUCACGGUGGACAAUGUCGACGCCGAGCCGCGGUCGGAUGAGGGCCAGCGGCGACUCCGGUUCUUCGCUAACUCGCUCUUCAUGGACAUGCCGGAUGCACGCCCCGUCCGGCAGAUGCAUUCCUUUUCAAUCUCGACGCCGUACUUUAGUGAGAUCGUGCUGUACUCGCUCAAGGACCUCACGACCGAAAACGACGACGCGAUCAAGUUGGUGUACUAUCUCCAGACGAUCAACCCGCAUGAAUGGGACAACUUUCUCGAGCGGGUUCACGCGCGAGAUGCCGCCGACGCCCUCAAAAAGUGCCCCGAAGAGGUCCAGCUGUGGGCGUCCUAUCGAGGCCAGACGCUGGCGCGGACCGUGCGCGGCAUGAUGUACAACGAAGACGCGAUUCGAUUCCUCCAUUGGCUCGAGAUUGGCGAGAACGAAGCCAUGCAUUUACAUGGGUGUGCGUGCAGCCGGUGCCUCAAGCUGGACGAGAUGGUCGCGCUCAAGUUUAGCUACAUUUGCACAUGUCAGAUCUACGGCAAGCAGAAGGACGAGCAGAAGCAGCAGGCACUCGACAUUGACUACUUGCUCGUGAAACAUCCAGGCCUUCGCGUGGCGUACGUGGAUGGCCCAAAGAAGGUCAAGGAUGGCUCACUCAAGUACUUUUCCGUGCUCAUUCGAGCGCAAGGCGACAAGAUCGUGGAAGUGUACCGCGUGGAGCUGCCGGGAGACCCGAUCAUCGGCGAAGGCAAGCCUGAGAACCAGAACCACGCGAUCAUCUUUACGCGCGGCGAGUGGCUGCAGUGCAUUGACAUGAACCAGGACAACUACCUGGAAGAGUGUCUGAAGAUGCCCAACUUGCUCGCCACGUCCGACGACAAGCAGCGCAAGGACAACACGUACCCCAUCACGAUCAUCGGGUUCCGCGAGUACGUGUUCACGGGGGGAGUGUCCAACCUGGCGGCGUUCAUGCAGAUCCAGGAGCUGUCGUUCGUGUCGCUGGGUCAGCGCAUGCUCGCGCUGUUCCAUGUGCGCCAACACUACGGUCACCCCGACAUUUUUGACAAGAUGUUCGCCAUGGGGACUGGGGGUACGGCCAAGUCGUCGCGGGGGAUCAACUUGUCGGAGGACAUCUUUGCCGGCUUCAACACGACCCUUCGGGGUGGAAGGGUCACCCACGAAGAGUUUAUCCAAGUGGGCAAGGGGCGUGAUGUGGGCAUGCAGCAGCUGGCCCUGUUCGAAGCCAAACUGUCGUCCGGGGCAGGCGAAUGUGUCACAUCGCGCGACUGCAUGCGCAUGGCAAACCGGCUCGACUUUUUCCGACUGAAUUCGUGGUUUUACGGCAACUUGGGGUGGUACUUUACGCAGACACUGACCGUGUACGGUGUGUAUGUGUUUAUCUACGGCAAAAUCUACUUUUCCCUGAGCGGGCUGGAUGCGUACUACCUCCAAGCUGGUCGGCUGGGGAUCAGCGGCGUCCUGAACACGUCGUGGGCGCUCCAGUUUGGCUUUCUCCUCGUCGUGCCCGUGAUCGCGGUCGUGGGGGUCGAGCAGGGGUUCCGCCAUGGGAUGAGCUACCUCCUGUGGAACUGCAUGACGCUCGGGCCGCUCUUCUUUACGUUUCAGAUGGGGAACCGCAUGAACUACUUUGACCGGACGCUGAUCCACGGCGGCGCCAAGUACCGCGCGACCGGUCGCGGGUUUACGAUCAAGCACGAAAAGUUUGCCGAGCUGUUUCGGUUCUAUGCGUUUUCGCACUUUUACCGGGGCGUGGAGCUGUCGUUUCUCCUGCUCUUGUUUUAUGCUUACGGAACGUUCUCAUGGUGCAAUUGCUCGUGGAUGCUCGAAGCGGACUUUUACAACAACGUCGAGCCGCUCCCGUACGAGUGGAAGACGCGAUGUUAUGCCAACUUUUACCAGUCAUGUGUUCUGCCAACCAACCAGAACUACGGCAUCAUGAGCUACUCGCUGUGGCUCAUCGCCGCGACGUGGAUGUGGGCGCCAUUCUUCUUCAACCCGAGCGGGCUCGACUGGGACAAGUGCAUCGAUGACUACAGCGAUUGGCAGCAGUGGCUCACCACCAAGAACGACUCGUCCGAGAGCUGGCUCGGAUGGUGGGCCAACGAGCUAGAGUACCUCGAGCACUCGACGCCGUUCUCGCGGUUGGUUCAAUUUGUGCGCAAGACGCGGUUCCUGCUGGUGGCCGUGGGGCUGUACCUGCAAAUGAUGUUCAGACUGGCCUACACCGAGCAAAACAUGACCGUGGCCGACGACUUUGCGUUGAAGCCAUACAUAAUCCUCGGGGCGUUGGUCGUGCUGCUUCUCAUCCUCGCAUGCGCCGGGUACGCGUCCGGCCGCGUCGCCAAGAAGAUGACGUUCAAGCAGAAACGCUUGAGGAAACUCAAGUUCCACCUCACGUUUGCGGGGCUCGCGGGGCUCAUUGCCGCCCUGCUGUACUUCAACCUCCGCACGAUCGUCGAGAUCGCCCUCAUCGUGCUGCUCGUGGCGUACUGGGUGCUACAGAUAGCCAUUGUCCGGCUUGGGUUCCGCCACGCGAUGAUCGAAACCAUCGCCGCGCUGUUCGAUCGGUCUGUGGGGUGGAUCAUCUUUGGACCGGUGCUGUUUAUCGCCAUGUUCAUGCCAUUCCUGUCGGCGUUUCAGCAGCGCGUCAUGUUCAACCAAGCGUUCACGUCCGGGCUCGAAGUGUCCAAGCUCUUCUCAAACGACGCCGUGACCAAACCUGACCCUGCCCCCAAAAAGAAGAAGAAGCGCGAUGAGUGACCUAGACUAAAUAACGUUACCGGUAAACAUAGUCGUAGAAUGAUAAGGCAAUCAUGUGAUUCCUCGUCGUCUGCAUGGAACGAUUCGUCCCAGCGCAUCCACCAUGGUUACAUGGCACUUGAGCUACGAUGAACAGCAACUACGAAUGAGC